UUUCUCCUGCCAGCCCCCCUCUGCCUGCUGACCCUGCUGCUGCCACCCCUCGGUCUGGGGGUCCUCAUCUCCCCAGCUGAGCCCAUCAGUCAAGCCUACAGCCUGGCACUCUACAUGCAGAAGAAUACUUCAACACUGCUGCAGACUUAUCUCCAGUGCCAAGGCAGCCCCUUUAGUGAUCCUGGCUUCUCAGCCCCAGAGCUCCAGCUCAGCAGCCUGCCUCCUGCCGCCGUCUCCUUCAAGACCUGGCAUGCGCUGAACGACAGGGAGCGUCUGAGCUGUGCCCAGGGGGCCUUCCUGGCCUUGACCCAGCACCUCCAGCUCGUGGGGGAUGACCAGAGUGACCUGAACCCUGGCAGUCCCAUCCUUCUGGCUCAGCUCGGGGCUGCAAGACUCAGGGCCCAAGGCCUGCUGGGCAACAUGGCUGCCAUCAUGACUGCCCUGGGCCUGCCUAUCCCCCCAGAAGAGGACACUCUUGGGCUUGUCCCCUUCGGGGCCUCGGCCUUCGAGAGGAAAUGUCGAGGUUAUGUAGUAACCCGGGAAUAUGGCCAUUGGACUGACAGAGCUGUGAGGGACUUGGCUCUGCUCAAGGCCAAAUACCCUGGGUAG